GAAUACAACGUUUCAAAAUGCUGGAGAUUAUCUGGGUGAAGCCAGAGAUUACGUUUAAUGUGAUUGUGUCUUCAGACAUUCUGCUCCUGCAUUUCAUGAGCUAAAAUCUUUUAUAAAAAUGAAAUCAGAUACCUUCACUGAUCUCCAAUUUAACCGUGUCCUGUGAAUUCAGAGAAGACUUUCUGAAGGAGGAAUAGAUUCAUCACAUACGUGGACUUCUGUUGUUGCUCAAGGAUACGCUUUUUUUUUUCAUUCUGAAAGGCUAUCUACAUGAAGAUGAGUCUGCAUUUAAGAUAUGAUCUGUGGAAUUAGGUGAACGAGGAUACUUUUAAUGAGUUACCAAAGUUUAUUUCCAUCUGUGUUUCCAGCUUUUUUUUUUUUUUAAUACAUAAAAAUGAAGGAUAAGUAUAAAACAGCAGAGCUGAUGUAUUUCUGUGAGGCCUUUAUGUAAGCCUCUGUUGUCUGGAUGCGGUGCUAAAGGACAGGCAAUCUGCUUUUGAUCAGCUGAUUGUAACUGCAGAAAGAGAAUCUUUAAUUUAAAGUAAUUUACAGAUGAAAUUAUUUUACUCUUUCGCUUGCACAGAAUGAAAGGGAAAAUUAAGUUUUACUGGUCAGGGCCGUUUUACUGAACUUUGAGAAAGGGAAAGUUACAUUAUCCUUGUUUUAAUUUCAAACCAAGAACUGACAACAUAUUUUUCUUAGAAUUUGACUACUGGGGAGAUCUCGACAGAGUAAAGCAAGUCAGAUGUCAGCAAACAACUCUUCUCCCCCAUCCUUACAGAAGUUUUCCCCACCUACGUGUCAUGCUGCUGCACCACAAACCCCAACUUUGUCUUCAAGUCCCCAGUCGGGGCUCUCCAGUCAGCUCUCCAAUGGCAGUUUCAGUACCCAGAGCCUCACCAACUCCCGAGGCUCUGUGCAUGGGGUCUCCUUCCUUCUGCAGAUUGGUCUCACUCGAGAGACUGUCACCAUUGAAGCUCAGGACCUGUCCCUCUCUGCUGUUAAAGACCUCGUGUGCUCUAUAGUUUACCAGAAGUUCCCGGAGUGUGGUUUCUUUGGCAUGUAUGACAAAAUUCUCCUCUUCCGUCAUGACCUGAACUCAGAUAAUAUUUUGCAACGGAUUACAUCAGCAGAAGAGAUACAUGAGGGAGAUCUUGUUGAGGUUGUACUCUCUGCUUUGGCUACAGUUGAAGAUUUCCAGAUUCGUCCUCAUGCACUUUAUGUGCAUUCCUACAAGGCUCCUACUUUUUGUGACUACUGCGGAGAGAUGCUUUGGGGUUUGGUACGACAAGGUUUAAAAUGUGAAGGUUGUGGGUUAAACUACCAUAAGCGAUGUGCCUUCAAGAUUCCAAAUAACUGCAGUGGAGUGAGAAAGAGACGUCUGUCUAACGUGUCUUUACCAGGAGCAGGGCUUUCAGUUCCAAGACCAGCACAAGCUGAAUACACAUCCUCUGCCUCUGAAGAACGCUGCUGCCCAGAACCUAGUAAGAGGAUUCCCUCCUGGAGCGGGCGUCCCAUCUGGAUGGAAAAGAUGGUGCUUUGCAGGGUGAAGGUUCCGCACACCUUUGCUGUUCACUCUUACACUCGUCCCACCAUAUGCCAGUAUUGCAAAAGGCUGCUCAAGGGCCUUUUUCGCCAAGGAAUGCAGUGUAAAGAUUGCAGAUUCAACUGUCACAAACGCUGUGCGUCUAAAGUACCUAGAGAUUGUCUUGGAGAGGUGGUUUUCAAUGGAGAACCUGCUAGCCCGGGCCAGGACUUGGACAUGCCAAUGGAAGUUGAUAGCGGUGAAAUGAACAGUGAUGGUAGUCGGGGUCUAGAUGAUGCUGAAGAGCCCUCUCCUCCAGAGGACAAAAUCUUCUUUAUGGAUCCAUCUGACCUUGAUGCAGACAAAGAUGAGGAAGCUGUCAAAACCAUCAGUCCUUCAACAAGCAAUAAUAUUCCUCUCAUGAGGGUUGUACAGUCGAUCAAACACACAAAGAGGAAGAGCAGUACAAUGGUGAAGGAAGGAUGGAUGGUCCACUAUACGAGUAGAGACAAUCUGAGAAAAAGACAUUACUGGAGACUGGACAGCAAAUGCCUCACCCUAUUUCAAAAUGAAUCUGGAACAAAAUAUUACAAGGAGAUUCCACUUUCAGAAAUUCUCCAGGUGACUCAGCCUCGAGAUUUUUCAAACGUGGUGCAGGGCAGCAACCCGUACUGUUUUGAGAUCAUCACUGACACGAUGGUGUACUUUGUUGGCGAAAACAAUGGCAGCAGUCAUCACAGUCCUGUUCUUGCUGCCACCGGAGUUGGACUUGACGUAGCUCAGGGCUGGGAGAAAGCCAUUCGUCAGGCUUUGAUGCCAGUCACUCCUCAAGCUAGCGUUUGCACUGCAGCAGGACAAGGAAAAGAUCACAAAGAGUUAUCUCUAAGCAUCUCCGUUUCAAAUUGCCAGGUCCAGGAGAAUGUGGAUAUCAGCUCUGUGUACCAAAUAUUUGCUGAUGAAGUGCUGGGUUCUGGUCAGUUUGGUAUUGUAUAUGGAGGAAAACAUAGGAAGACUGGAAGAGAUGUGGCUAUCAAAGUCAUUGACAAGAUGAGGUUUCCAACUAAACAGGAAAGUCAGCUUCGUAAUGAAGUAGCCAUUCUCCAGAAUUUGCACCACCCUGGGAUUGUGAACCUGGAAUGUAUGUUUGAAACCCCGGAACGGGUCUUUGUUGUGAUGGAAAAGCUGCAUGGAGAUAUGCUAGAGAUGAUUCUUUCCAGUGAGAAAAGUCGACUUCCAGAACGAAUAACUAAGUUCAUGGUCACUCAGAUACUUGUUGCUUUGAGGAAUUUACACUUCAAGAAUAUUGUGCACUGUGAUUUAAAACCGGAAAAUGUACUACUAGCAUCAGCAGAGCCAUUCCCUCAAGUGAAGCUGUGUGAUUUUGGCUUUGCACGUAUCAUUGGUGAAAAAUCUUUCAGGCGCUCUGUGGUGGGGACACCUGCUUACCUGGCCCCCGAAGUGCUCAGGAGUAAAGGUUACAACCGCUCUCUAGACAUGUGGUCAGUAGGAGUUAUUGUCUAUGUGAGCCUUAGUGGUACAUUCCCGUUUAAUGAAGAUGAGGAUAUAAAUGAUCAGAUUCAAAAUGCAGCAUUUAUGUACCCACCAAAUCCUUGGAAGGAAAUUUCUAGUGAAGCCAUUGAUUUAAUAAACAAUUUGCUUCAAGUGAAGAUGAGAAAACGUUUCAGUGUUGACAAAUCCCUUAGUCACCCGUGGUUACAGGAUUAUCAGACUUGGCUUGAUCUCAGAGAAUUUGAAACACGCAUUGGAGAGCGUUACAUUACCCAUGAGAGUGAUGAUGCACGCUGGAAAGAACACGCUUAUGAGCACAACCUUGAGUACCCCCAGCAUUUUAUUAUGGCUCCUAAUCCAGAUGACAUGGAAGAAGACCCUUGAUUUAUUCGUUAUGCUGAAUUGCAGCAAAGGACACUCCAGACAGAAACUGAAGAUAAGUUUUGGAACAACUGUUGCUCUUUCUGAAUGCUGUACACAUAGUUCAGUGUACAAAGCCCCAGAGGCUCCUGCAUUGACGUGGGAAAAGACUGUCAUCUGACAAGCUUUCCUCCAUCUCCAACUUAAACUAUGAGUAGUUACUGGACAGCGGGAUGAGCCCCGUAGGGGAACGCUUCACCAAGCUGUGUGGCUACAAAACUGUUACUGAGGUGUAAUGUGUACAGACUGAAUGGCUUGUGUGUUUUUCAAGGUUGUGUUUGGGGUUUUGAUUUGGUUGGGUUUUUUUGUUUUUUUUUUUCCAUAGCCUACUCAAUAAGAAUUUUGUAAUGGUUUUCUAAUCCCUAUUUACUAGGCCAUAGAGGACUGUUUUCUGUUACUUAGAUACAUCUCCCGUUUCCUGAACUGUGCGUGGUGAAAAGAGACUGUAAAAAGAAACUGGUGCAGAAUACUUUGGCUAAUAGCAAAACCAUGGUGGUUUAGGUCAAAUACAGCUUCAUAGAUGAAGGAAUAUUUGCUGCUGUUAAGACAGUUAAAUAUGUGUGUCUUUGCCCUAACUGAAUUUUUUUCAGAUACCCCCCAAAAAAAAGGAAAAAAAAAAAAAGAGAACCCUGUAACUUCCUACAUUCCUCUUGAAAUGCUGGCUGACAAUCUAAAGAGAUGACAAUCAAAGCCCUGCUAGUCCUUUAUUUUGGCUGUUAAAACAGAGCAAUAAGUCAUGACAGUGUGUGGCUGUGCAGGGCUGGCACACGUCAUUGAUACAGGCCAAAGGCAUUUUGCCUUAAAACUAUACCGGUAAUGCACGGAGAACACACAAGACUUGAUGUAGCAUAUCCUUUCACUCUGGAAAAACAGCUUCUAGCAGAAGGAUGUAGAAGAAUAGGGAAAAAUACACGCAGCUUUCUUCUGCUGUUUUGAGAAAUUAGACUUUUAAAUUUUUCUAAUAUUUUCCUAUUUUUUUUUAAGGUUCCCUGGACUUGCAUCAGGAGUAGUUGUAGCCUGCUAGCUUGUAUCUUAACUCUGCUCAAAACCUGGGAAUAACAGUGGGUAUCAAAUCACCUGUUGCUCCUGCCAGGGCAGCUGGACUGUUGGAGAAAGGGCUUUGCCUUCUGCCCUCAACCUGCAGUCCCUCCCGUCCUCUUUACUGCGCUCAGCGUUGUUGUUUGCGCUGAAUGAAGAGUCCAAAACCAAAUCCUCAUUCAGUUUUUUAUGCAGAUGCCUCAGUUGAUGGAUUCCCAGCCACUUACUGGACUUGUGCCACAACAGAGAGGAAGCAGUUUGUUCUUUGGAAGUGAUUCCCUCAGAGGACA